AUGUGUUCGAUAGCACGUACCCGAAUUCUGCUUGCUCCAAAAGUAAUUGCUCCCAAGCAAAUAAUUCCAGGAGCAGUUUCCUUGCGGUGGUUUAGUAACGAACCUAAGGCGACAAAGACACCGUUAUUCAAUUUGCAUACGAAAUAUGGAGGAAGAGUGGUUGAUUUCGCCGGAUUCCUCCUCCCAGUGCAAUAUUCGGAUUUAAGUUUAUCCGAGUCCCACUUGUUUACAAGAAAAAGUGCCUCAAUUUUUGAUGUGUCUCACAUGCUGCAGACCAACGUUCGUGGCAAGGAUUGCAUAUCUUGGUUCGAGUCUAUUUGUCCAGUCGAUCUAAAGGGCAUGAAAGAUGGCUCCAGUUCUCUCACCGUGUUUUUGAACGACAAAGGUGGAAUUAUAGACGACUUGAUUGUUACAAAAGUGAAUGCAGAAACUUUGUAUGUUGUCUCCAACGCUGGGCGAAUGAAGGAGGACAAGAAGCAUAUGAGAGAAACAUCCGAGUUAUUCAGGAAGAAAGGUAAUGACGUGAAUGUAGAAUUCUGGGAGACUAGCCAGAGAGCUUUGAUUGCAUUGCAAGGUCCUAAAGCAGUGGCAGUGCUGCAGACCCUUACGGAUAUUAAGCUGGAAGACUUAACGUUUAUGACAUCUAGAAUGGGCAAAGUAGCCGGAGUAGAGUGUCGUGUAACCCGCUGUGGGUAUACAGGGGAAGACGGUGUGGAAAUAUCAAUACCCGCUGCCGAUGCAGAACACGUCACAGAAGCAUUAUUACAAUCCAGCGAUGUGAAACUUGCGGGCCUCGGAGCGAGGGACUCGUUGCGUCUUGAAGCUGGACUAUGCCUUUACGGCAACGACAUCGAUGAAAGUGUUACACCCGUCGAAGCAAAUUUAACGUGGCUUAUCGCCAAACGCAGACGCACCGAUGACAACUUCCCAGGAUCGUCAAUCAUACUGCGUCAGAUAAAGGAAGGCGUAGCUAAAAGACGUGUGGGAAUCAGGAUGGAAACUGGUCCACCAGCAAGGAAAAACGCGGUGUUGAAAGAUGCUAAAACUUCAGAAACCGUUGGUACUGUAACUAGUGGCUGUCCUGCCCCAUCACUUGGAGUUAACGUUGCGAUGGGCUACGUCAGCGAGUCUCUGAAGAAGGCAGGCACGGAGCUCUUAGUAAACAUUAGAGGGAAAGACAUUCCCUGCGUCGUCGCUAAAAUGCCUUUUAUCCCUUCAAAGUACUACAUAAAAAAAUAA